AUGAUCGAUCUAAUUCAAAUAAACAAUUAUACAACAUUUAUUCAUUCUAAUCAAAAUUCAAAUAUGUUAUUAUAUAAUAGAAAUACAAAUAAUCAAUUAAAUCGAAGUUUAUCAGCAGAUGUUUCAUCAAUCUAUUCUUCUCACAGACAGAGAUAUAGAUCAUCAUCUGAAUCAGAUAUUUUUGGUUCUUUGCGUGUUACACCAGGUUCUACAUCUGAUCAAGAAUCUUCUAUAUCUUCUAAAAGAAUUGCAGCAUCAUUAUUAUUUCAACGACUGAUUAAACGAUGUAAGUCAUCGAUGAAAAUUGCUGAAUCAACUCUUGAAAAAGCAGCUAAUAAAAUAUUCCAAGAAGAUCAAGAAGUAGAAAUUCAAUGGCAAAAAACAUUUGAUUUUUUUAUGAAUGAACGACAAUGUAAUAAUUCUGAACGUAUCGAAAAUGAAAUAUAUGAAUGUUUUAAUGUUCUUAUUAAUGAUGAAAGAAGAAUAAUGAUUGGAUUAGAUUCAAUAUCAUCAUUAAAAGAUCUUUUAAUAGCUUCUAUGAGAAUUUGUACUGAACCAAAUUUUAAACUUGAAAUUCGUAUUGGAUUUGGAGGAACACCCGAUCUACUUACGUUGCGUACACCAUCUUAUGCUAUUGCAGGUAUUUAUCUAUUAGAACGAUUAUUACAAUUACGAGAAAAAUUUACAUUAAAUCAAUCUCAUUCAGCUGCAGUUAAAGUAAAUAAUAUUGAUCAAGUUAUUGGAAAACAACAUGCAAAUGAAAUGUUAUUAUAUAUAAAAAUGUAUAUUGAUCAUUAUCAUUCAAAUUUAAGUAAUUUUGUUCAAUAUGAAAUGGAUCAUUUAAAUACUUAUCAAGAUAAAUUAUUAGAACGUAUUAUUGAACAUUAUAAGUUUGAUUAUCAUGAUGAACAAAUUAAACAAGAAUUAAUUAAUCAAGCAAUAAGUCGUGGAAGUAAUGAACAAGGUUCUAUUCGAUAUACAUCAAUGCAUUUAAUUAUAUUUAAAGAUAUUAUUGAUAAAAAUUCUUCACAAUCAUUAUUUUAUUUAUUAGAUAAAAAUGAAAAUAAUAUUCAAGAUAAUGAAUUAAUAUGUUUAUAUGAUAGUAUUAUUACAAUUGGUGGACCAGUAGAAGUAAGAUUUAAUAAAGUACGUCAUGAAGUUCGACAGGCUUUUAUUAAGAAAUCAAAAAAAAAUAAUGAAGAAAAUUAUCAUUUUCCUUUAUCAAUUCGAAUGUUAUCAAAAGCUGGUCACACUCCUGUAUAUUAUCAUAAUAAAUCAGGUGAAAUUACAGUUGAUCAAAUAUUAAAGGAUCCUAUUAUUGAUUUGGAUUUAAUAAAUACAACAUAUAAAGAUAUUAAACUAGAUAUAUCAAUAUUAAAAGAAGAUAUUGGUAUAAGUCUAUUAAAAUCAGUUUGGAAUCAUAUUCCUUGUUUAGAUAAAUAUAAUAUAUCCACAUGGGAAAAUAUUGUAUUAACUUUAACUAACUUGUGUUUAAAAGUUUGGCAAAUUCAUGCAAGAAAUAAUAAUUCACAAUGUCAAUGUUUAGUAAAAGAUCAACAAGCAAUUGAUCAAAUUUGUGAACAUUAUCAUUUAUUAAAUGAUCUUAAUGAUGAUGGACGUUUAAUUAUUAAUGGUAUUUUAAAUGUACUUGGAAAACGAUUUCGUUUUCCUUUUGGUCAAAUUACGGAACGUCGUCGUCUUAACACAUUAAAUUCAGAUAAUAAUACACAAAUUAAAAUUACUAAUAAACUUGAUGAAAUACUUAAUCAAAUUUUAAUAAAUUUUAUCCAAACAAAGUUUUCUUCAAUAACCUAA